UUGUAUUUUUAUGAAUACAAGCCUGAACGUUUACGUUAUAUAUGGAAAAUCAAUUUAUAAGAUAAUUGCGAGCUUUUGUUUUAUUAAAAAAAAAAAAAAAAAAAUGACCACGAUUAGUGACAUUAGCGUUGGUAACAUUAUUAAUAAAUUAACUGAAAAUAAUGAAGAAAUUUCAGUGUCAAACGAUACUGAAUUACAAGCCGAAUGUAGUAAGACGGUAAAGGAGGUUGAAAUUCAAGAAACUUUGAAUGAAGAUGAUUUUGUAGAAGGUUUAGAUAUUGUGGACGCAUGUGAUGAUGAUGAAAAACAUAAACCGCGGCGCAGAAGUUGGGAUCGUAGUCGUGGAAGAGACAAACGUAAUUCAAGCCCAAUUAAAACACUUAAUUAUAGGGAUCGGAUCAAAGAACGAGAAGAAGAUCGAGAAAAUCAUCGUAGCAGAAGAAGAUCACGUAGUGUAGAAAGAAAAAAAGAACUGGCUAGACGAGAUCCCAAUAAAAGCUGUAAAGAUAUUGAACAAGACAAGAUUCGUUUAAAGAAGGAUAAUGAUAAUAAAAUGUUGGCAGAAAAGGAAAAAGCGAUAAAAACACUGCUUGACUCGGAUAAUGUUGUACCUCCAGGAACCGAAGGAGAAACCAUUCAAAAUUUAGUAGAGAGGAAUCAGCAACAAAUAGAGGAAGAAUCACGUAAAGUCAGAAGGAAUAGUCGAGAUAAUCGAAGACGUAGUUUAAUUCGUAGUAGGCUUGGUUAUAGAAGAUUCAGUCCAAGAAGAAGCCCUGGUAGAAGAAGUCCUGCGAGAUCUCCAGAUCGUAGAAGAAGUCCCAUAACGUUCAGUCCUGAUCGAAGAAGAAGAAGAAGUUCUCAUCAAUUAAGUCCGGAUGAACGUCGUCGUAGAGGAGGCAGUUUUGAAAGAGAAAACAGUUCAGAAAGAAGGGAAGCUUCGAGAAGACGUUUACGGGAACGCGAGGUGAAAUUUGGACGAAGGAGCCGUUCUCGCGAUCGACGCAGCACGGAAAGACACCGAAGUCGCAGUUUGGAUCGACAUAGGCGAUCACCGUUUGAUAGACACAGUCCUAGGCGCUUACAUAAUUCAAGACGUCGAUCUCUAUCUCGUAGUCCUUUAAGAUCUCCCAACCGAUCCAGACGAAGAUCUCCCUUUAUCAAUGAACUCGCUCGACAGUUCCAAACAGACUCCAUGAGAGUAGAUAAUGGAAUGCCGCCCGUGCAGCAGCCACUGGGCGUCAUGCAUCUGGGACCUGGUGGUCCACCAUUUAUGACUGCUGGAGGGGGUCCACCGGGUAUGCACCCGGGAGGGCCCCAGCCAAUGGAUCCAAGAAUGAUACCAGGACUUCUACCGACGCCGCAAAGAAUGAUGCCAGGCCCCCCUGGCAUGGCUCCAGGACCACCAGGAAUGCCUCCCCGUCCCAUGGACAUGCACCCGGGUUCGGUUAUGCAUCCGGGAGCGGUUAUGCAUCCGGGGGCCCAAGGUAUGCCGAUACCACCUGGUACCGGGCCACCUUUCAUAAAUUAUGAUGGAUGCCAACCCGGCCCUCCAGGCAUAAAUUUCGAUCCGAUAAAUCGAGGCCCACCACCGUCGGAUCAUUCUUCCGCUCCAAUCAUGUAUAAUCAGGGAAAUCCAAUGCCCCCUAUGAAUUCCAUUCCGCAUCCUAUGCAAUCUUCAUCGCCAAAGCCUGUACCUGCACCAGGACAAGGACUUCCCGGAGGAGGAGGAGUCAUGUAUAACAUUGCUAUGGGUCCUUCGAUGCAACAUCAGCUGCCCAACAUACCAGGAUCAGAGUAUUCUCCGAAUCCGUACUUAAACCGCAACUCCAUGUCGCCAACCGAGGUGAUGUUCAGAAAGCGCAGUAAACGUGAGGAACGUAUGAAAACUCCAGAACCACCAAUUAUAUCGGAUAUCAAACAGAGUGAAAAGACUAGCUUAUCCAGCCUCUUGGAAGCCUCGGUGUCAACAAAAGAUUCAUCCAGUUUGACAGCAUUUUUCCGAGGAUUCCGACCGGAGAUAAUACGCCAUUGCGAGCGAGCGCUGCGCAGCCUUCCGACCGAGGAUCCGCGUCUUAAGAUGAAGGGCCGCUUUUUCUUCGACCCAUCGAAAAAGGACAAAACGGAGACAACCUCGAAUUCAAUUCUGUUGCGUAAGGGUCGUACAGAAAUUCAUUGGGAUGAGGAAGAAAAUCAAUUGACUUCGAAGCAACAGCAACAUCACUUAAUCGACCGGAAGCGACUCAUUACUCAUCAGAAGAUCUGCCAGACGGAUGAAAUGGUGAAAGAAUCUGUAUCGGUACAGACCCAACCAUCGAUGGCCGACUUUGCUAUGCAGGUCUGUCCGCAGGAUUUAAAUCAUAGUGCACAUACUAAUGACGAGAGGAGGUCAUUAAACGACAGGUUAGAUUGGAACAUGCGAGAAACGUAUGACCACGCAUCGAAAGUGCGGGAUAAUGAGGACUUACGGUGGAGUCUAACUAAUAAUUCGGCACGUGACAGACAGAAGAAUCCAUGGUUGCGAAGUUACUCACCUAAUCGGCAAUCCAUCGCUAGCGGCGGGGGUGCGCAGAUAACCUCUGUGGAUCUUCGCUGCAACAUGGACAUUUUAAGAGAGCGUUCUGGCAGUGAUCGACCGAUUGACGUACGAGACCGAAGCAUGGAUUCACGCACUAGGUGCAUAGAACUUCGAGAUAGAGACAUAAACCUGAGAGAUUUACGGACCAUGGAGAUAAUUAGGGAACGUGAACGCGAACGUGAACGCGAUCGUGAGCUUGAAAGAGAUCGAAUGUUGGAUGCGAUGGAUCCUAGAAGUAAUAUGAUGGACGUGGGGAGAACGUUGGAAGAAUAUGGAGGACACAGAGAGUCAAUAGAGGAAUACGAGAUGCGAAACAGCUUUAGCAGUUCAUAUAGCAGGGGCAUGGAAAUAAUGGAGCGUGACAGAAAAGAGAUACAAGUACGAGGCGUUAGUCCUGUUAUGCUAGAUGAUGAUCCCGAAGAGUUGGAGAUCAUAGAAGAGCGACUCCUGGAAAGGGAGCAAUCGUGGCAGAUGAGGAGUAGUGGUAAAUCGUUGGCACAAUUUAAUAAUAAUACACGUGGUGCUGCAGUGUCUGGCUCCAAUAGGAGUAACACCUCUGUAAAUAGGCCAUUCCGUGGCAGAAUAUCAGGCUACCGUAUGAACUUUUAAAACGAGAGCUACCGAUCAUUUAAGCUAAUUUACACCUAUUUGCCUCAUUUUUCCUCUCUUUUUUCUUCUCAUUUUCCUUUUCUCUUUCUUUAUGGAAAUACAUAUUGUGCCAAAGCACUAUUCAUAUAUUUUAGUUAAUGUAUGAUUUUUUGAGUUCGCGAGUGUUUUGUUUGAAAAAAUUUAUUGAAACGUGUGUGUGUACAUAAAGAUCACCUAAUAAAGAAUUUUAACGAGCAUAGAUAAAAUAAUUUGUAUUUUUU